AUGGCCACUCCCACCCCUUCCACCCCUUCCACCCCCGUCCGCACCGCCCUGAUCGGCCUGUCGGCGUCCGCCAUCACGGCGUGGGCCAGCCAGGCCCAUCUGCCCGCCCUGCGCAGCCAUCCGGACGUCUUCGCCCUCGCCGCCCUGUGCAACAGCAGUGAGGCCGCCGCCGACGCCGCCAUCCGCGCCUUCGAGCUGGAUCCCACCACCGUCCGGGCCCACGGUCAGCCCGACGCCCUUGCGGCCGACCCGGCCGUCGACCUGGUCAUCUGCUGCACGCGCGUCGACCGGCACUUCGAGACGGUGCUGCCCAGCGUGCAGGCCGGCAAGUCGGUGUACCUGGAGUGGCCCAUCGCCAGCUCGCUGGCGCACGUCGAGGCGCUGCAGGCGGCGGCGCGGGCCAGCGGCGCCCCCGUGGCCGUGGGGCUGCAGGGGCGCUUUGGGCCCCUCGUGCGGACGCUGCAGGGGGCGCUGCAGUCGGGGCGCAUCGGCCGGGUGCUGAGCACCGAGGUGCGUGCCUUUGGCGGCACGCGCGAUCGCGAGGUUCUGCCCGUGGGCUUGAAGUACUUUGCUGACCGCGAGGUUGGCGGGAACCCCAUCACCAUCGGGUUCGGGCAUCUCAUCGACCAGGUGCAGUUCGUGGUGGGCGAUCUCGUCCCCGGCACCGACCACAUCCAUCUGCAAGUCCAGCGCCCCGACGUGCGGCUGCGAGAUGCCCAGUCGGGGGAGUUUGUGGGCCACACGCGCUCCAACGUGCCCGAUCUCGUCAGUCUCCACGGAUCCCUGCCGGAAACCGCCCAGGUCGCCGCCGGCGCGAGCCUGGUGGCCUACUUUGCGCGGGGCCAACCCUAUCCGGGGGACCCGGCCCUGACCUGGACCCUGACGGGGGAGUCCGGCACCCUGCGCCUGACCUCGCCGACCGGCAUCUUCAUGCAGGCGGACACGGGCCCGGAACGGCCCAUCCUGACCGUGCUCGAUCACGCGACGGGCGCGGUGGAGGAGAUCCCCUGGGCCUGGUCGGAGACGCAGCUGGCGGUGCCCGUGAUGGCCCGGGCCGUGCAGGGCUGCCUGGUGAGCUUCGCCACGGGGCGGACGGAGGGCUAUGUGUCGCUGGACGACGCCGCGGGUCGGGCCCGGCAGAUCGCCCGGUGGUUGGAUGCGUUGGCGCAGGCGUAA